UAAUUAAAAAGAAGUGUUAUUUCUUGGUCCCCUCCCCUGUUCGCGCUGAAGGGUUUCUCCAAAGCAAGAACACGCAAAUUCUCUCUUUUGUCUCUCACUGACUUCUUAGUAUUUGCAGACCCGUGGAUUUUGUCUCUUUCAACAGACUCGUGGAUUUUGUCUCAAACUCCGAGGAUUUCCUUUGUCAGAAAAUAAUGUGAAUUCCAUCGUUCUCUGCAAAGAGUUGCUUAUCUUUGGUUAACUGGCAUGGCAACUGAGAGCCCUAUGAGGAUGGUGGAAAGUGGCAGAUCUGGAAAGUGGUCCUCAAACAAUGAUGCUGCAAUUUUUGGAGUACCGUUGAAAGAUUCAGUAGCAAAGGAUUUGGGAUUGCUUUUGAAGGGGCAUAGACUCCAUGCAGAUCGAAUGUGCAUGCUUCCUAAUCGAAGUGGUAGUGCCCCACCAAGUAUGGAGGGAGCAUAUGCUGCUAUAGCGAACCUUUUAGCUCAGCAAAACACUGAUAUGAAUUCUGGCUUGGCAAAUAUAACUAGUACUAUCCAAAAGUAUGAUUCAGAGGAACAACUGCGCUCAGACCUGGCUUAUCUUGCAUAUUACUCUUCCAAUGUCAACUUAAACCCUAGGCUCCCUCAGCCUCUUAUCCCACGGGAGAAUAAGUUCCUAGUGCACCAUGUAAGAAGUAAUUGGAGGUCAUGUGCUGUAGAUGAUAGUGGGAAUGAAUCCUUAAAACUGUCUAGGGUCGUCCUUUCAACUCAUAAGGAGGAGCCUGAGGAUGAUCAAUCCCCCAGACAAGCUUUGGACAGUUGCUCAGAGAACGGUCAUGUUCUUAUGCAUGGACAGAACACAAUUUUAGCGGAUCUUCAUAAAAGUUUGGUUGACCUCAUACAGGAAGACUUCCCUCGUACCCCUUCUCCUGUUUACAGUCAGUCACGUCCUUCAAGCCAUGCAACAGAAGAAGUGAUUGAUCAUGAUCUCCAAGCAAUUUCAUUGAAUGCUUCUUCUGACACAUCAAGAGUUUCGGAGUCAAAUUCAGGCUCAACAUGUAUUAACGGGGCGUCAAUGCCACAAGAGGAUGAUCCAAAUACUACGGAUGGUGGUUUGAAGGGCAUUGCAUCAAGUAGAGGGGGAGCUCAAUCAGAUUUGGUUACUAGAAAUAAAGAACAAGAGCAGCAAUCUCAUGAGAGGAAUAUGUCGCCUUACCAUCAGUCUCAACAACAGGGAAAUUCUUAUCAGGCCCAGGGAGUCCCAGCUGAAUUGAUUUCUCAAGAAAUGAAUUAUUCACACAGUCAAGAGGAACAAAAUCCCAAUUCCAGUUCUCAAUUUUCUCAAAUUGAGGUACAACCAUCAUUACAUUCUUCUGGAUUCACUCCCCCUAUGUAUGAGUCACCAACACCCUAUAUGACGUUAGGAAGCCCAGUUUACCCAAAUUUUCAUCAGUCUGCCUUUUAUGCUCCACAAUACACAGUGGGCAGUUAUGCUCUAAAUUCUGCAUACCUUCCCCCAUUUAUGGCUGGAUACACUUCACAUGGUGCAAUUCCUACGUCAUUUGAUGCUAAUUCUGGUCAAAAUUUUAAUGGUCAAAUUGCUGGUAUUUCAAGUGGAGAAAGUUUCCCACGUGUUGGUGAUUUACAGCAUCUAGGCAAGUUCUAUGGACAGCAGGGAUUUACACUACAGCCUUCUUUUGCCCACCCUUUGCAUAUGAAUUGCUUUCAACGUCCAUUUGGGGAUGCGCAUGGUGCUUCAAUUCAGCGGGGUUGCCUGGCUUCAGGUGGUGUAACUGGAUGUCUGAUUGAUCCUUUUUUCCUCCAGAACGAGUCAGCUGUUCCUCAUAUGAAUGAUCAGAAACUUCAGCCUCAAGCAAAUGGAAGUCCGAGCAUUUAUAACUCAGGAAAAAUGGGAACUACUGUUAGUAGUUAUUAUGGUAGUCCACCAAGCAUGGGUGUCAUGACACAGUUCCCAGCCUCGCCUAUUUCUAGCCCUGUACUACCAUCAUCUCCUAUUGGUGGAAUAAAUCAUUUAGGUUGGCGAAAUGAAAUAAGGUUUCCUCGAGUUUCAGCCAGAACUUCUGGACCGUACCCAGGAUAUCAUGUACAGAGAGGAGCAAACACUUUUCAAGACCCAAAAAGGCAUUCUUUUCUUGAAGAACUGAAAUCAAGCAGUGCUGGAAAAUUUGAACUCUCUGACAUAGCAGGGCGAAUAGUUGAAUUCAGUGUUGAUCAACAUGGAAGUAGAUUUAUUCAGCAGAAGUUGGAACACUGCAGUGUUGAAGAAGAGAUUUCUGUUCUUAAAGAAGUUGUUCCACAUGCUUCCAAAUUAAUUACAGAUGUUUUUGGGAAUUAUGUUAUUCAAAAGUUGUUUGAACAUGGAAGUCUUACCCAAAAAGAGGAGCUUGCCAAUCAACUUACUGGACAGAUGUUGCCUUUAAGUUUACAGAUGUAUGGUUGUCGUGUGAUACAGAAGGCCCUUGAAGUUAUUGAACUUGAUCAGAAGAUAAAACUUGUCCGUGAGCUUGAUGGGCAUAUUGUGAGAUGUGUGCGUGAUCAGAAUGGAAAUCAUGUUAUACAAAAGUGCAUAGAAUGUGUACCUUCAGAAAAUAUUGGAUUUAUUAUUUAUGCUUUUAGAGGUCAAGUUGCAACACUUUCGAGUCAUCCUUAUGGCUGCCGCGUCAUUCAGAGAAUCUUGGAGCAUUGUUCAGAUAAACAACAAACUCAAUGUAUAAUUGAUGAGAUUUUGGAAUCUGCUUUACUUCUAGCUCAAGACCAGUAUGGCAACUAUGUCACACAGCAUGUUUUGGAGAGAGGAAAGCCCCAUGAAAGGAGAUUAAUUGUCAGAAAAUUGACUGGAAAAGUUGUACAGAUGAGUCAGCACAAAUAUGCAUCAAACGUUGUUGAAAAAUGUCUUGAGUACGGUGAUGCAGCUGAACGUGAACUUUUGAUCAAGGAGAUAAUUGGGCAGUCUGAGGAGAAUGACAAUUUAUUGGUAAUGAUGAAGGACCAGUUUGCAAAUUAUGUUGUUCAGAAGAUUCUUGAAAUAAGCAACGACAAACAGCGGGAGAUAUUGCUUGAUCGUAUAAGAGAUCAUCUUAAUGCUUUGAGAAAAUAUACUUAUGGGAAGCACAUAGUAGCUCGUUUUGAACAAAUAUGUGGUGAAGGGAGUGAAGUAGUAGCAGAAUCUUAAGGGCUCUUCACGGAGAGGCAGCUUCCCACACUUGCCAGCUUCGUUCAUGGAAGACGGGAACAUCAUGAGAAGUUGAGAACACUUCACUCUGUAAGCAAAACGUAUGAUCUAACUUGGUUCGAAGAAUUAUGCCAAUGUAGUGCAGGAUGGUGUCUGGUUGAUAGUAUAUAUCAAUAGUAGGUGAAUAUAUGAUUUAUAUAAUCCUCAAGUGUAUCUAUAUGUACAUGUAUGUAUAGCAUUAGAUAAAGUGUGAUUGCUUAUGAUUUCUUAAUUUUAUCUAUCUUGGGAUGUUCUUCUGAUAGAACAAGUUUAAUCUACUUUUACUGCGAUUCGGUUGAAA